GCUGUUGUUUUCUUUUGUUUGGUUGCUUUAUCUCCUCCUGUUGCUGUGAAGCCAUUAGUGAUAAACCCGCUGAGUCAGAAAUGACCUCCACUCGAUGUAAAGCGUCUACAUGACAUUUAAAAACCCUGAAGUGGAGUUUUUAACCUCCGUCACAUCCAAAGCCCUCAGAGCCCCAACAGGAAAGUCUGAACUCGUAUCACCUGUGCAAUCUCCUCAGCAGGUAGGAACAUGCACGCUGCAGUUUCCACCCUACGCCUCUGCCUGUACAGUCAGAGUCACCGUGGCAACAGGGCGGGCCUCACUGCAGCAACACACCACACCUCUGCCGUGAAAGUACACAGAGAGAGACAGCUGGCUGUUGCAGCGUGUGAGUUUCCUGUCGACUCCCAGACAGAAACGACCUCCUUACGGCUCAGCAGAAACAAGAUGGAGUCCAGAGAGGAAGAAGAGGAAGACACACCCAGGUCAUCUCUGGCAGGGGAAAUCACUGAGGACAUCAACAGCACCAACAAGCAGGUGGAAACAGGUAAACAAGUAAGAGAGAACGGUGUUGCCAAGGCAGUGACAGGUGUGGACUCAGCAGAUGAGGAGGAGGAGACAGAAGAUGGAACAUUGGCUAGAGAUGAGCCAGGUGAGAAGGAGUUUGACUUCCAGCCAGCAGCAGCUCAGGUCAACUCGGAGCAGAACCCAUCGACACCGACCACAGACAAACCAGCUCCUCCCAGAAGCCUGGCCUUAUCAGGGCCACAACCACCGAAGAAGAAAGUGCUGGCGGCUCCAGCUCUCAGCCUGUCUCUAGGUCGCAGUGAGUCCGUGGUCUCUGAGGACUUCCCACCCGGCUUCCUGUCCCCUUCGCCUGAAGAUGAUGAUGACACAGGCCUCGACUUUGACCUGGAUGCCAUGGAAACGCCCUCUGACAGUGAAUCACUGCCCUUUCCCAUGUACGACCUGGAAGAUGACCUGCACGGUCUCGGCGUGGCAUCCCAUCGUCGUAGACCAUUUGGCCCAAGCCCCAGGUUUAGUUCUGAGUCCCGUGCCAGUUCUGGACCGGGGACAGACCACAGCGGGCUGGGAGCUCUAGAGAGGGAGGACAUGGUGGACAGUCAGGGCACCAGGUGGCGGUGUUUCUCCACAGGCGACCCUCCACAGGAGAGCCGGGUCAACAUGAGUGUCCUGGAGCCAUUUCUCAGAGUGCUGUCACACGGAGGUUACCAAGGAGAUGGUAUGAACGACAUCAUCGUGUUUUCCUCCUGUUACCUGCCCCAGAACAGUCUGGAGAAUUACCAGUAUGUGAUGGAUCACCUGUUCAGGUAUGUCGUUGGGACUCUGGAACUGAUGGUUGCAGAAAACUAUGUGAUCGUGUAUCUGUGUGCUGGAGGUCAGAGAGACAAACUGCCGGGAAUCAGCUGGCUCAGGGAGUGUUACACCACCAUCGACAGGAGGCUGAGGAAGAACCUGAAGGGUUUCUACGUGGUUCAUCCCACCUGGUACAUUAAGGCCCUGAUCACCAUCAUCAAACCCUUCAUCAGCUCUAAGUUCAGCACGCAGCUCCAGUAUGACCAGAACCUGUCUAGGUGA